UCUCCUGGUUAUGCUUCCUUGCACUCUGCAAUAUGUGUACGACCAAAACCAUCAUCUCUGAUUUAUUACAUCCUUAAUCUUUAAUCGAUCCCAAUAAAUAAAGUAAGGAACUGCACUCCAAGUCCAACCUCUGCACCUGACAACACUGUUUUGCAAAGCAAAAAGAAAACUCACAGCUGAUGCAACCACUUCAUCAUAUUGUGUUACUUACUCCCGUGGAUGAAUCUUCUACAUCCCUUCUUGCUUCCUCACUCGCAUAGUAACAACAUCAUUCCUUGUUUUCAACAGUUUCUUUCUAAUAUGGGUUACGUUAUGUUGUUCUACUGCUGAUGAUUCUGGCAUCUAUGAGCUCCACACGACAUCGUUCUCGAUUCAUGCUAAGAAUGAAGAGCUAAAAAAAGGUGAGACAAGCAAAUAUUAACUUUGUCUGCUGUUAAACUGUGAGAUUCAAGGGGACUUCACUACGGAAGUAUUCUAUAAAAUUUUAAUAAGAAUUGGUGGCAAGUGCUUUUGGAAUAUAAUUAUAAACAACUUCAGUUUGUUAAUGAAAGUUAUGUGACAGAAUAUCACCAGGAUUCAGCCAUGUAUAGAUCAUUUCUUACAUGUGAUGAUCCAAAAGGAGUAGUAGAAUGUGGGACAAUCGGGAAAUACAGGACGCGUUAUCACAAAAUGAAGAACAAGACAAAAAUUCGUAAGACAAGGGAAAACUUGGAGACAUCCUUGAUGAACAAAAGAUACAAACAAGAGAACAAGGUGCCAAAAGGUUGCGAUGGAAAUCUCAUUGGUCCAUCAUCUUUGCAGCUCACACAGGUCUCCGGAGGGGAUCAAAGUUUGAACAACAUGAUAGAUUCAUGGUCUAGAGAUCUUAUAUAUGAUGGAAAAUCUGAAGAUAUAGCAAAUGGUAUUUUAAAUGGAGCUCUUGGUCUGCAAGGUUCUCUAAUCAUGCUUCGCAAGUUGCAAGGGGCUUCACCAUAUACAGCUUCUUUUAGGAGAAAACAGACUAAGAAACCUGAAAGAGACAUAAUUGAUGCAAAGAUGAUUGGUGGAACGCAGGCUAAUCCAUUUAGGGAACAAAGUAAUCCAAAGGGAUUUCAAAGACCACAGCCUUCUGCUGGUGGUUCUUCAAGUAAUUGCAAAGAGGAACUUAAGAAGGUUAUUAAGGAGAGUUUGGUUAGGAAAAAUAUGUUUCCAAAAAUGAUCAAUGAAGGAUUGAAUUCAGCUUCAGAAACUUUUUCUACAAGCAGGACUAAUAGCAGCCUUUCUGAUCCUUCUUUCUCGGUAAUAGCUUCAAAGAUGGAAAGAGGAACUAGCCUAGUCGUCAAGCUGAUGGGUUUAGAAGAAGCCCCCUCAAAAUCAUUUCCAGCUGUUAAGCAGGAACUGUUGGAUGGUGAGAUAGAUAUGUCAAAGGUGAGAAAGAAUGAUUCUAUAGCCAAGAAGGUUAAUCCAGAACAAAGGGCCCAGAGGGAAACUCUUGACACCAUGCAUUUCAAAAGACUUCUGAGAAAGAGUUUAUUCAAAGAGCCUAAGCUUCAUGUCCAUCAUUUCGAUGAUACCAAUUCCAAGCAUUUUGAUGAUUUAUCAAACAUUACACUAAUGAAGCCUCAAUGUACUCUUUAUCAGGAAUCAGUAAAAAGUACCUAUGUGCCAGUACCUCCAAAAGAGUUAUCCAUAACAAAACUGAAAGCAGAAAUAGCCUCUUCCAAAACCAUCAAACAAGGAAAAGGUUCCAGCUCCACCAACAUGGAAAAAGAUGUAAGAAAAUGGCUUAAAAAAGGACCUAAAUUUCUCAAGGAGGUUAUGAAAUUGGAUGCAAAAGGAAACAAUCAUGUUGAAGAAUCAUCAGAUAAGGUAAAACUGUACUGUCACAUUGGUCACACAUCACAGGUAAAUGAGACAAUUGAUAAAAAAUGGAAGGUACAUGCCAUCGGUAGAAAACACACAGAAAAGGAUAUCCCAGAGCCUCCAAUUGUGACAAUACCUCAACAUCAACGAGAAACCACCUCCACUAAAUUGAGGAAGCUAAAAAGUGGGUCCAGAAUCGAUAAGAACGAGAUUUCUUGCCUAAAUAGCACAGGUUCAAAAAACAUCUCCAUAUCUAGAACAGAGUCACAAAAAAUUAAUAAUUCCGAGGACCUUAAUAUUGAGAUUAAAUUUUUUGAUUCUGUGGUAGAUUCCUUAACAGGUAGAAAGAAUCAUAUGAAGAACCAAAGCCCUGUUGCUGAGCCUGAACAAGCUAAGGUUGAACAAAUCAGGCAGGGAGAUGAGAAGAAAAAUUACACUGAGAUUAGAAUCGCCUCUACGCUAGAAGAUGAACUCCUAAUGGUGUGUGAGGCAGAUGCUAGCAUAAUAAACAAAAAUGGAGAAAAAUGCAAGCAGAGGAAGAAUUUUUCAGGCAAUGACAUUAUUAUGCUGCUUAAGUCUGAACAUGAAAAUGCCGAUAAAGAGGGGACUGAACUGAAGCAUUUUCUAUUAACCAAUCCUUCAUUCAUUGGACAUGCAAAGAAGCUCUUCAAUCUUGAUAUGGAUUUUCCCAACAUGCCACAAAAUGAUGAAACCAAUUACAGCACAGGCAAUCUCAGGCUUGAUUUGGAUUGUGCAUAUGAACUCAUUGAGCAUAAAAGCCUUCAAGAGUCACAAGUAGUUCGUUCCUUCUUGCUAGCUUGUAGGGGGAACUCAAGAUUACACAUCUCCUUAGGCAGGUUGGUUGAAGAGAUCUGUAAUGGCAUUGAGAAUCUGAAAUUUUACAGGGAAGUUAUUGCAGGCAAUGUGUUUGGUAUGAUGGAGAAAGACAUAAAGAGCAAUGGAGUGAUAAGUAGUACAUGGGAGAGGGGUUGGAGGCCUGGAUAUUGUGCAGAUGAGGCUGAGCUAGUUGUCAAUAGAAUAGAGAGCAUGCUUCUGAGUGGAUUAAUUGAGGAGCUUAUUAUAAAUUUAUGAUUACAUAACAUUAAAUAUUUUGACAUUAGAGGAGUCCACGGUCUUAGAAAAUCAGUAUCUUCACGGGUUCACCUUGUAUAUAAGGAUUGAUUGUACAAGAGUUGAAAGUUAAAACUGUUGGCUGCAGAAGUUGCCUAGUUACGUAAAUCUAUAAAUCACAAACUCUCCUACUGUUACGUAACAUUGUUAAUCUUUUAUCUAAUCAUAUCAUAUAUGAUGUAAAGUAAUAUACUUCAGUCUUCACCAAAGAAAAAUAGUAGGUGUAAAACUAUUAUCUUUUGUGUUUAUUAU